UGUUGCUGGACUCGUCACGUGAUACAAACAUGGCGGACAGCUGGCAGCUCCGUAGCUAACUCGUUUAAAAUUAAGCGCUUCUUUAAAACUACCCUGCACGGGAACAAGAAUGUAUUUUAUAGAAGACGCGAGUCUGUUUUAUUUUAGUUUCUGUCGGACACAUUUAGCGCGUCACCAGCAGCAGUAUAAAGCUAACAACCCUUGUUGAAUUUGUGGCUUAGCAAGUCCAGCUUAGCUAGCAGGUUACCAGGGUAACGACAUCCAACAGUUAGCCCAGUUCAAGAGCUUCAGUUUUCUUUUCUACAGUUUUCUCAGGAUAAUUUUUGAGGUGUCACAUAGACCCAGUUCAGCGUGGUCUGGUUCAGUGUCAGACCAGGUUCUGGUGUGAUGGAGCAGUACAGUAUCCUGGGUCGGAUCGGAGAAGGAGCCCAUGGUAUUGUCUUUAAGGCCAAACACUUGGAGACAGGAGAGACAGUGGCUCUGAAGAAAGUGGCUCUGCGGAGACUGGAGGAUGGCAUCCCCAACCAGGCUGUGAGGGAGAUCAAGGCCCUGCAGGAGAUUGAGGACAACCAACAUGUGGUGAAGCUGAAGGACGUCUUCCCUCAUGGUACAGGCUUCGUCCUGGUGUUUGACUUCAUGCUCUCCGACCUCUCUGAGGUCAUCAGGAACUCUGAGCAACCUCUGACCCCAGCUCAGGUCAAAGGUUACAUGUUGAUGCUACUGAAGGGCGUCGCCUUCCUGCACCAGAACAACGUCAUGCACCGGGACCUGAAGCCAGCGAACCUGCUCAUCAGCUCUUCGGGUCAUCUUAAGAUCGCAGACUUUGGUCUGGCCCGACUGUUCAGCGAGCAGGGAGAGAGACUGUACAGCCACCAGGUGGCCACCAGGUGGUACAGAGCUCCUGAGCUGCUGUACGGAGCCAGAAAGUACGACGAGGGUGUCGACUUGUGGGCGGUGGGCUGUGUUUUUGGGGAGCUGCUGAACUCUUCACCUCUGUUUCCUGGAGAGAACGACAUCGAACAGCUGUGCUGUGUCCUCCGAGUGCUGGGAACACCGACGCGGGACAGCUGGCCUGAGAUAGUGGAGUUACCAGAUUACAAUAAGAUCACCUUUAAGGAGAAUCCAGCAAUUCCACUGGAGGAGAUCGUCCCUGACACGUCCCCUCAGGCCCUUGACCUGCUCUACAAGUUCCUGGUGUAUCCAUCCAAACAGCGCUGCUCAGCCAGACAGGCCCUCCUCCAUCCAUACUUCUUCUCUUCUCCGCUUCCCGCUCAUCACUCCGAGCUGCCCAUCCCUCAGAGGAGGGGCCGACCCCCCCGCCAGCGCCUGCAGGCUCCGCCCACUGAUUUCUCUGUGGAUCUGCCCCUGCAGAAAAGUGUGGUAGACCCCGUGCAGCUGCAGGGACAUGCCUCCUGCCUCUGAACAAACUAAAUGAACUGAUAAAUCAUCACUGCUGAUGUUCAUUAUACAUAUUGAUCAGCAAUUUAUUUCCUGUUUCGUUGACAUGUUUUCAUUACUCUAACCUGCUGAAGCACUGUUAGUGGGAGUUUUAAUAAAAUUAACUGCAGCUCU